ACGUCACUGGCGCAUGACACCUAGCUCGCAAGCUGCAAGAAAAAAGCACAUGGCCGACUUGUAGGUCAAAACUAACCUACUUCUUCUUCAAAAAUUCAAAACUCUUUAUGUUAAUUGGACAAAAAAAUAAUUGUUUAGUAUGCAAAAAUAAUCAUUCGGCUUAAUUCUGCAAAAUGGGGAUAAGGUCAUUACAGGAAUUUAUCGAAACGCACUGUGCAAGUGCCUGUGUGUCGGUGGAUUUGCUGAAAAUAUCGAGAGGUUUCAUACCAAAAAGGCGUGGCAGGGAACCCGGAAAUGAGCGCUUCUGUCUGGUGGUUGAUGCCGAGAGCUGUCUCGACCGUCUAUACGGGGGAUAUUUCUCCGACUGGGUUUGCGGGGGACAAUGGAAUCGGAUGAUGGCGUUUUUAAACAGCCUAAUGCAGGCCUGUCAUUCUGCCAACCUGGACAUGGUCGUAUUCUUCAAUGGUGCAUUAGAGAGCCAAAAGUUAAACGAAUGGUAUGGAGAUCAGUUAAAUGCAAAGAAAAAAGUCACAUUUGUAUUGCGUCACAUUAACAACAAAGGGACCCCGCCCCCCAAGGUGUGGUGGAUCCCGCCUGUGUUCCUGCAGGGGGCUCUGCGCAUGGCUCUGAGGCAAAUGGGUAUAGGGGUUGCCUGCUCGAUGGAUGACCAUGCACAAGAAGUAAUAGGUUACUGCAGAGAACAUGGACUGCAGGGUAUCAUUGCACAAGACCCUGUCUACACAAUCUUUGAUCCUCCUCGAUAUUUUUCAUCACAGAAUCUGAAACUGACAUACAAAGGUUCAUUGGAAACAAAAGAAUAUAUUAUGGAUGAAAUUGCAAAGAAUUUAGACCUGAAUCCAAACAGAUUUUGUAUUUUGGCAGCUUUAUUAGGAAACCACAUUCUCCCAGACGAAGAUCUCUACUCUUUCUACAUUGAACUCCUAAGUAGGGCUGAUCCAAGUAAACCAGCCAAGUUAACCCCAGAAAAUGCCAUCCAAGCUGCUGUAGAUUUUGUCAGAAAUCUGCCAAGUGUGGAUAACUUGGAUGAAGUGGGAGAAGUCAUAUUCAGAAACUCCAAAGGAAACAAGCUGGAACUGGUGUCAAAGUUCAAACAGUGUGUACAGUAUUAUUUGAAUGGCACAAAUGACGGCUUUCUCAAAUACAGGCCACGCCUCGGACAAUUUGGUGCUACUCCAAGACAAGGGAAUUAUGCAAUGCCACAGAGAACUAUCGAUGCCCCAGGAUUUACGGGAGAUCACGUGCCUCAGGUUGUGGUGGAUCCCCCUACCAGCAGUAAUCCUAACUUCAAUCACAUCCCUCCUGGAAUUCGUCAGGACAUGCUGGCUGCAGUGUCAUCCUCAUCAUCAAGCAGCAGUGGAUCCAGUCCAAACCGGAACAGUCCGGAGGCCAGCUGGUCCCAGUCACUCAAACUACAAGCACAAAUGCAAAACAAACCACAACAAAAAGCAUCUGCUGGAGACUCCAAAAUCCCACCUGUGUCACCAGAAAUCAUGAGAAUAGCCAGUGAGAGGCACCAGAAGGGGCUGAUGCAUCCCUGGAUCUAUCAACUUCUCUCACAGGGAGAAAUGAAAAUUCCUGUCAGUUUGGAAGAUGAAGCCAGCCGUGAAUUGCCAACAGCUGCAGAACUCUACAAACCAAUUCGACAAUCCGUGUACUCAGUUCUCUUUAACCUCAACAAACUAAAGAUUAUCCAUGAAAAUCAGGUCAAAGAGAAAGGUGAUGGUCAGCCAGCAUCACCGAAAUCUUUUGAUAUCCCCGUCAAGGAGUGGUCAGUGAGACGUAACAAUGCCCGCCCCUCCUUUGACAUGGUCAUUGCCAGGCCGGUGGACUGGAAGACGCCUUCCAUCGAGAGGAUGUGGCUCGGUCAACAGGUGGAUGACAAGACUCGCCGUCUCCGCGCCUUCUUCACCUGUAUGGACAGCGACACUCCUCUGAUGCUGAACACGCAAUACGUACCUCAACAGCUCCUUAUUCUCUGCUGUGUCCUUAGAUACUUGUUGCGAUUUGGUCGUAUCCUACAACGUCUCGAGUUGGAUGCCUUCCUUGCAAUGAGUGUGUCUCCUCUAUUACAUGAUGUACAGACCAUGCAGGAUCUCAAGCUGCCCAAUGUCCUACCCCGCGGUAUCCACUUGGCCUCUCUGUUUAUGUCGGGGGUGGAGACUGCAGUGUUUGCCAAUGAUGUGUGUGGGGCCCCGAUCCCUUGGAACAUGUGCCUGCCUUGGCAGUUCUUUGAUGGAAAACUGUUCCACUUCAAGCUGCUUAAGGCGACCAACAAUACCCCGCUGAUUGACAUGUGUGAUGGACAGGUAGAUCAAGUCUUACAAGUAGAGAGAAUGAGGCAAGCCAUCAUGGAGGGCCUACAGUUUGAGUUUGCUAAGCCAAUGCUACCUGCACCCUCACUGUACACCAACUAUCCAUACGGAGGGUAUCCGCCUUUCCACAAUCCCAACAACCCCAUGAACUUCCGCCCCGCAGGAAUGGGACCCCCUAAUGCCAGGAUGUCUCGACCAGGACCGGGAAUUCCUGCAGGAAUGGGACCACAGCAGAAUCAGCCAAAGAGCCCAGGGAGGGGCAGAGGAAUUCUGGGUCGUUCACCAGUAGACGCCCGCGGAGGACAGCUCGAAAUUGCCGGGGUUGUAGUGGGAAGCUGGGGACCCAACAUUCCUACCUCUGGGAGGGGGCGUAACUCUGGAUUAAGCCCAAGGGUCAUGUCCGUUGGAAGGGGAGGAAAUGAGGGCAAUGGCUACCCCAACCGAGGUGGGAUGAAUCCGAUGCGUGGAGGGAUGCCCCCUGUGAGAGGGGGAGGAUCCAUGGGAAUGGGAGGUGGACCAAUGAUGUUCCGAGGAAUGAAUAGACCAAUCAGAGGCCGUAUGGGACAGCCAAUGUAUGGAUAUGGGCGCGGAGCCAUGAGGAUGCCAAUGGACCGUGGAUAUCCAUUCAGAGGACGUGGUGUUGUGAGGGGAGUUCGUAGACCUCAGGUCAAGGUCAGACCAAGGCCAGGGAAAUCCAAAACUACCACCAAGCCAAAGCCCAACGGCAAAGGACGGGGAACCACCAUUGAAAUCAUCGAGGAAUCUGUUACAAUCACCCAAGUGAACGGCCAUUCUGAUGACGCAUAUGAAGAUGCCGACGAGACUCUCACAACCCCAGUCGGCAAGGGGAAAAUCUACGAGGGAAUCCAGAGCCCAGACAGCGGAAUUCAUGGAGACAAGUCUGCCACUGACAUUAAUGCUUAAGCAGCCCAAUCAUCCCCAUCAUGUUUUUUUUUCAUAGUUGAUGCAUGUGUGUAAACUUGGUUUAUUCUACAUGAGAGGAGUGUUCAGCUGUUGAUGUUUACACACAGAUACACAGACUAAGUGAAUACAGUGAUGGCCAGUCCUAGUUUAUUUUUUGCCCCAGAUUUCUAUUGUUUUCGUUAUAUUUUUUCUUUCAUACCUUUUUUUAUUGUGGACUGGUCACUGUAUUCUGUGACAUGGUGACGACAAGGAUUGGAACAAUUCUCUCCUCAUCAUGUCACUCACUCAGAACUGUUCAACAAGUAUGGGCUGGCAAUUAAAGUUCCUUUAGUUUUAUAUUUUUCCCCCCUCAAAAUGUUAUAUAUAGAUAGCAUUGAUGCCCUAGCUUUUUGAACAGUUCUACAGAUUUCUGAGGAGGGAAAGGCUUGGUAUGAACAAAACAUUCAGUCCAUUUUUUUGAUGCCUGAAGCCCCCUGAACUUAGAAAUGUAAAAAUGUUAUUGAGGUGUUUAAAAUGUGAGAUCAGAAUUGCACAACUUCCUCGCGAUGUGGACAUUUUUGUACUGAUAUUAGUUGAUAGUAAUGUAGAGGACUGCCAACUGCCAAAUUUUUUUAUGCAGUCUCGGAUGUUGAAGAGUGUUGACUGAUGUUUGGAGUAGCAAUGUGUGUGCUCAAGAGGAGUUGAAUUUUCAGGGACAUUUUAUUCACUUCAUGUUUGUUGAACAAGGCUCUUACUAUUGUAAGGUGGCCUCUAUUUGUUGCAUUUAUAUUUUCCAAUGGUGGUCUUUUGACCUCCAGUCCACAAAAAUGGUCGGAUGCCAAAGUCGGACAAGCAUGACUCGGAUGCUGGAGUGAGAAGAGAGGGAAUGUGAGCCAGCAAGGAUGCCAUUUUAUUGACUUGAUUGGAUCAAAUCCAGAAGUGUUGUCAAUCCUACAACUUGAUAUAUUGUGAAUAAUAACUAACAGGACAAAGGCUAGGGGAAGAGUAAACAGAAGUUAAUGUUGGACAUAUUGAUAGGUGCAUUCUUAGUUUGAGAAUUCAUUUAUAUUAAAGAAAUAUUAAAUUUUUCGAAAUUCUUGCUGGCCACAGAAGAUUGAGGCCUUGUAGUUGACUUAUUGGUAAUGUGAAGCAAGUGUAAACAUGCACAAGUGUUAAAAAUGGCCCAUAUUUUUUUUUUUUAAUUUAUUAUUUUUAUACAGAAGAACUCAACAUUAUUUUUGUAUGUUUCUAUAUUAAUUUUUAUUAGCAAAACAAAUUUUUUGAAAAGAUCAGUAUUUGUCUUGUGAAUUGACGUGUGUGUCCUCGAAAGCAUUUCAGGUCCUUCUGUUUUCAUCCAUUUGAUGUUCUAGACAACAAGAUAACUUUACCUUCAUUUUGGAACUUUCUUCUUUCACAAGAUGUUAGGCUUGGAAACUAGACCAAGUGAAGUCCCCUGUUUCUUUGCAGGAGCUUUAUGUGUCGAUGCCUGUGAUAUUGCCCAAACUGUAUCAUGUUUUUCUCUCGCAGUUGGUUUCCAGUUUACACCACUUUGUUUUCCGCUGUAUGAAAAAUCCUAUUAAAUUCUAAGUAUAAUCAGAACGCUUGCAGUCUAGAAUAUGUUAUGGAUAAGUGAAAAGAUUUAUGGAAAAAUUGGUUUUUUUUCGCUUUAUAAUGUAAUAAAGCCAGGAACAGCGGCAUCAUUUGGGUUUGGGCGGAUUUCUAGUGUGCACACUUUGACACAAUGUUACCAGUCAACUAGGAUGUAUGAACAUUCUGGAAUUGACAGAGAAAACUUACUUAUGCUCUUUAACCAAGAGGUUACCAGAAAUAGACAAUAAAAUAGGCUAGGGUAUGUUUUAGCAAGGAGUGGAUUUACAUGGUUACAUAUUUUCUAUGUGAAUUUCAUAAUGUGUUGUACAUGUUUAUGAGAACUAAAUUUAUUACUCAGAACAAGAGGUUUUUCGAGAAUUCUUUGGUGUCUAUUGGGAGACAGUACUUGAAAGAAUAUAACUGACCUUUGACAUUUUAAAUGUGUCUUUGAAAUUGUUGCCACGGCAACUUGGACUGGAUUAGAAAAAAGGAAAUAGUGACAAAAAAGAGAUGACUAUGAGAAGAAAUUACUUCAAACAAGGAUCAACUUUUAAGUGUUUCAGAAAAAAAAAUUAAGUGCUCGUUUUCCUACUGUGAAACUCGACCCUGAGAAACUGAUUUCUCAAUGACAAUAAAAUGAGGAGUACUUUAUUCAAACACAAGUGUAGGUGUAUAAUGAACCAGUGUACUAAGUGUUAUCUUUGAAAUGGUUUCUUCUUUAUAUAGAGUUUACUUUGCAACAUAAAGUGAAAUAUUGAUUUAAGCAUGCAUGCAGAAGUUGGCAUGCUCAAAAUAUUCUUCCCUACAUCCGGCUGGAUUGGGAAAGUUAAAUUGGGACGUAAAAUGAAGGAGCAAGUUUUCUCAUGCAAAAUAAAUGCUAAAUAUCUCCUUGUCCCAGGUGUACAUUAAUUUACUAUUUUUUUUUUCUUCAUUUGUAUUAGAUAUGUAUGAUAAUAUGUUAAUGUUAAGCUAAUUUGAUUGAUGUCAAAUAGCUCAGAUUUUGUAGUUAUCACAAGUGUUAAAUAUGCUUACGUAUUAAUUACUGGAAUUGAAAUGUUAAGAAGUCAGUAAUUUGGGAGAAUUUAAUAUAAUCUUUUUUGUUUAAACUUGAAAAAAAAGUUUCUUUUAUAUGGGGGGUCCUGGUCUUGAAUAUCUUGAAAGUAAAAACUCUAAAUUACUGGCUUCGUCUUUGUAUAACUCUAAUUAUCAAGUCUUGUGUGUUUUAUAAAAUGGUAGCAUGAAGCUUGCUUUGAAACAGAAAAAAAGUUUCUGGAGAUAUCCAGAGACACAAAAACACUGAAGCAUGUUGUAAAAUAUUGAAGAUUUCUCCUCACUACAAAUUGAUUAUGUUGUAAUUUUGCUUUUUUUCUUCACAGUUUUAUUCUUUUCUUUUAAGCGUUGUGGAAUAGACCCAAUAGAAAGCGGUCAGUUGUCAUUUUAAUGACUUGUACAAAACGUUCCACAUUUUCAUUAGUGCGAUUAUUAUGUUAAAUAUGUUCUCUUACCUAUUUUUUCUUCACCUUUAAGCCAUGAUUGUUGCAAGGCAUAUAGAGAGAAAACAAAAUUUUGAAGACUUUAUAAAAAUCCUUACAUCAAGGCAUGGCAAAAAAUUUUUGACACCCCUAAUUAAAUUGUUUAGCAAUUGUAAAUGAGUUCCUUGCUGAUAAUUAUGUACUGUUGAGGUUUGGUUGGUAUAAUUUCUUGCAGCAUGAUUUUUGAAGGAAAUACUAUUCAACAUCUUUUGAGUCACAUUUAGGAGAAGGGCAUGUUGAAUUCCUGUUUUGACUUGUGCUCAGUGCAUGAUUUUCUCUUUUAAUUUUGUUUUUACUCGGCAUAUAUAUACUUCCCCCCAUCUAGAAUGAUUUUUUUUUGGUAUCAUAAAGUAUUAAUCACUAUUUGGAUUGGUAUAUUUGCAUGUAAGCACUUAUUAAGUAGUAAUAACUUCUCUCAAGCAAAAAUUUUGCAGUCGGGAGUCAAGUUUACACAGUGGACCGUUUGUCCCUGCAAAAACUUGGGACUCUUUUCUGAAAGACUCUUUGCUUGUGUUCUUAACUCCUGUAUACAUUGUGUAUUUGGUAACUGUGCUAAGUUUGACAAGUUCUCUUGUAUAAUCUUUAUUGUGUACUACUCCUUGCUUAGAUAGAAAUACAUAUAAUAUUCUACAAUAGGAGAUGAGAGUGACAGACUAUUUUGAGUUUUAUAGGAUAUCAAGGCCUUUUGUGGUUAACCACAAUUAAAGUUAAAGUAAGAUCUGAUAGAAAUAUCAGAUUAAAAAUCUUUUUUGGGCUUUUUGCUAAAGGUAUUUUGUUAGGAUCAAACUUAUAAGACAACCAUAAGACAAGAACGGCCUGAGAAGGUAGAGGUAUGCCCUGACAUUGACAUGUGUAUGGAGUGUCAGAUGUUUUGAAUAAAUGUUGUUUUUGUGGAA